AAGAUGGCGAUGCCCGUGAGGAGGACGCUGGUAGCUCUUCACAGAGCAGCGUGCAGCAGUUUGAAGAAUGCCGAGGCGUCUUUGGGCAUUCGGCAUCCCGUCCCGCUUUACUCGGUCCGGACCAAGAAGCGGCACUUUAUUCCCCCAGCAGUGGGGAUAAAGGGGAAGAAAGAAGCGAACAAGGAGGGCAAAGCCGGAAAAGCAGGCCCUGAUAUCAGACAUCAGUUCACUGAGAGGCCCAUCCACAUGGCCUGCACUGCGGGAAUCUUUGACCCUUACAUCCCUCCGGAGGGCGACGCUCGUCUGUCCACUCUGUCUAAAGAAGGCCUGAAACAACGAACCGAGCAGAUCCGGCAGAGCGCCGCCUCACAGCUGGCGAUUCGUAAAAUCAAAGAGUACGACUCUCAGUUCACAACGAAGGAUUUUGCAGAGCGAGCUCAAGAAAUCUUCAUUGAGGCUCACAACUGCCUGACACAGUUCAACAAGGAGAAACUUCACUCCUUGGUGACAGAGAGGUGUUAUCCUGAGAUGACGAGGGGGAACCGUUACAAGACGAUCCGCUGGACGUUUGUGGAGUCCCUGGAGCCGCCCAAAGUGGUCCACGCCCGCUGCCCCGAUAUGGUCAGCAAAGGGAAUCUGUACGGUCAGGUGACGGUCCGCAUGCACUCCAGACAGACGCUGGCCAUCUACGACCGCUUCGGGAGGCUGAUGCUGGGAAACGAGGAGCAGCCGAAGGACGUCUUGGAGUACCUGAUCAUAGAACGACACCUCGUCAACCCCUACGGCCAGUGGAGGUUACACGGAAAAAUAGUGCCGUCCUGGGCUCCGGCCAAAGACCCAGUUAUAAAGACCGUCAUGAUUCCUGGUCCAGACCUUAAGCCAGGAGAAGAGUUUGAUGCCCUCAACUAUGAAGUUCCCAAACCAAAGGCGGUUCAGUGGAGCAAAUGAGCCACCGGGUGGCGCUGCUCGUUACAUCAAACCACAGUAGGACAUUAAGAGCAGUCAUGCGCCAAAUGCUGUUAAAAUUUGGCCGUGGCUGGUUAGUUUGUCCACUUUGGCAGCAGACCAGGCUUCCUUUGGAGGCUCUUAUCUGUUUGAAAAAUGCUGUUGGCUGGUGAGUCGCUGGAAGCAGCAGGUGAGUUUUAGGAUGAACAAACCUUUGAGUCCUGCAGCCAAUAAAGCGUCUUCUUUCCCUGCAACAAAUCACCACACAGCAGUCUGGAAACAUAACAACAGCUCUUCUCUCCACACAUUUCCAUAUUGUUUUAACUUAAUGUCCACAAAAAAUAAAAUACACAGAUCUCCAGAAACUGAUGGUUUAUUUCUGUGAUGAAUAUACUGCAUGUUGACCUUUUAGGAAAUACAAAAAUAAAAUGUCCAAUCUGCAUCUCUUCACA